AAGUUUGUUUUGAUAAGUUAUCAGUGUCCAUUGUUUGCUCCGACCGGGACAUCGCUCGAGCGAGUAAUAGUUGAAAAUUACAUUGGGAAAGUGCCAAGAUUAAUUACGGGACGAACGCGCACUGAGAAAGCGAAAAAUGAAAUCACGAUUUCCAUUUUCAUUGGAAAACAUCCCGCGACAGACACAAUUCGCUUGUCUCUCAUUGAAAUUGGGAAGCAUUAUAUCUGCACUUAUUCUUGUCUUGUAUACAGUAUUCGCAUUAGCACAAUGUCUGGCUGCACUCAACGUAUUACCCAUGGAUUGGAAUCCCGAAGACAAGGACGUUGUGAUUUCCUAUGGGGUUGUGAUCGGCAUCACCAUAGAACACAUGGUUACUCUGUUUCUUAGCACAUUGAUGCUUGUUGGCGUCUUAAAGGAGAAAACUAAACUCAUAAAGCCUUGGGUGAUCUGGAUUUCCCUCCAGGUGAUAGUAUCGGUGCUGAUUUUUGUGUUCUGGAGUACUCUGACCAUGAUCAAUCAUUAUAAUGAAAACUCUCUGAUGAUUUAUGUUCUAGAAUUCCUAGGAUUAAUGGUUCGUUUCUACAUGCUAAUGAUCGUGGCGAGCUUUUACAGAGAGCUGGAGGAGAGAAACAUGGAGGAGUCUGAACGGCUACGAGAUUUAGUUAAUAAUGAAAACUGGUACAAUACCGCGUAAAAGUAUUUUAAGAGCAACAGUUAUUGUAAAUAUAUUUUUAUUUUAUAUACUUCUAAACGCAACUCGCCGUGUUAAUAAAUUUAUAAUUUUAUGAAGA